GCGCCGGCGCUGGGGCCGGGAAGGGGGGCGGGGGAGCGACGGUCGCAAGAUGGCGGCGCUGAAGGAGGCUCGGAGCUAUGGGCUGUCGUGCGGGCGCGUGAGCGACGGUAGCAAGGUGUCUGUGUUCCACGUGAAGCUCACCGACAGUGCCCUGAGGGCCUUCGAGAGCUACCGCGCCAACCAGGAUUCUGUUUCACUAAGACCGUCAAUCCGAUUUCAAGGAAGCCAAGGGCACAUCUCCAUCCCCCGGCCCGACUGCCCCGCAGAGGCGCGGACCUACUCCUUCUACCUCUCCAGCAUCGGCCGCGACAGCCCACAGGGCAGCUUCGACUGCAUCCAGCAGUACGUCUCCAGCUGUGGGGACGUCCUCCUGGACUGCCUAGGCAGCAUCCAGGACAAGAUCACAGUGUGUGCCACCGAUGACUCCUACCAGAAGGCGCGGCAGAGCAUGGCCCAAGCAGAGGAGGAGACGCGGAGCCGCAGCGCCAUCGUCAUCAAGGCUGGAGGCCGCUACCUGGGCAAGAAGGUUCAGUUUCGGAAACCAGCCCCUGGAGCGACAGAUGCUGUGCCCUCCCGGAAGCGGGCGACCCCCAUGAACCUGGCGAGUGCCAUCAGGAAGAGUGGCAUCGGCGCGAGCGGGGGCGGUGGGGUGUCCCAGAGGCCCUUCCGUGACCGGGUGCUGCACCUCCUGGCGCUGAGGCCCUACCGCAAGGCCGAGCUGCUGCUGCGGCUGCAGAAGGAUGGCCUGGCGCAGGCGGACAAAGAGGCGCUGGACGGCCUCCUCCAGCAGGUGGCCAACGUGAGUACCAAGGAUGGCACAUGCACCCUGAGGGACUGCAUGUACAAGGACGUGCAGAAGGACUGGCCCGGCUACUCUGAGGGGGACCAGCAGCUGCUGAAGCGCGUGCUUGUCCGGAAACUGUGCCAGCCGCAGAGUGCAGGUGGCCUUCCCGGAGACCCUGCUGCCUCCAGCCCUCCCGACGAGCACAGGAGCUCGGCCUCGCCCCCUCAGAAACGGCCGCAGCCUCCCGAAUUCAUUGACCCCCUGGCCAAUAAGAAGCCCAGGAUAUCCCACUUCACCCAGAGAGCUCAGCCUGCCGCCGUCAACGGGAAGCUGGGUGUGCCCAAUGGCCGUGAGGCCCUGCUGCCCACCCCGGGUCCACCAGCUGUCACGGACAUCCUCAGCUCCAGCGCCCACCUGCCCCCACGGUUGGAGCCCCCGAGGGCCCAUGACCCCCUGGCCGACGUCAGCAACGACCUGGGCCACAGCAGCCGGGACUGUGAGGGUGGGGACGCGGCUGCCGCGGGCCCCACCGUGCACCUUGGCCUUUCCCUGCCGACAGACUGCACCCAGCCCGGCAGGCCCCACGGCAGCCCCUCGCGCAGCAAGUCCAGGAAGAAGUGCAAGAAGCACAAGGACAAGGAGAGGGCGGCUGAGGACAGACACCGGACCCAGCCGCCAGACCACGCGCCCGCCACGCACGGAGCACCACCAGAUGCCCCGGGUUUAAACGGGACGUGCAGCGGCUCCAGUGUGCCCACGUCCACGUCGGAGACGCCCGACUACCUGCUGAAGUACGCGGCCAUCUCCUCCUCAGAGCAGCGCCAGCGCUACAAGAACGACUUCAACGCCGAGUACAGCGAGUACCGCGACCUGCACGCCCGCAUCGAGCAGAUCACUCGGAGGUUCACGCAGCUCGACGCCCAGCUCAGGCAGCUGUGCCAGGGCUCCGAGGAGUAUGAGACCACGCGUGGGCAGAUUUUGCAGGAAUAUCGGAAAAUCAAGAAGACCAACACCAACUACAGCCAGGAGAAGCACCGCUGUGAGUACCUACACAGCAAGCUGGCCCACAUCAAGAGGCUCAUCGCGGAGUACGACCAGCGGCAGCUGCAGGCCUGGCCCUAGCUGCCCACCACCUCGCCUCUCCUGACCCGCCGGGUGGCGGGGAGCUGCGGGUGGGGGGUGAAAGAGGAUUUAUUUAAAACAAUAAACGCGAGGAAGACACACGCAUCUGAGCCAGC